AGCAAGUUUGGACCGAGGCGCGAUACCUCAGCGCUCGUCGGGAGCCGGCCGCCUUCGCACCCGCAGCCUUGCGGGGUGAGCGCAUGCAUGGCGCGUGCUCUGACGGUGGUGAAAUCUACGGUGGGGGGCCCGUGCACUCGACGUGCCUGCUGCUGUUCUCGGUCGUCGUCGUGGUGGCCCUCAGCUCGAGGAACAAAGAGGGACAAGAGCAUGGGCGCUCCUGGAGGGCCGCGCUGAUGCCUUCGGCGGCCACGUGGGAACCCCGCCCCCCACGAUUUCCAAGGGGGGUGGGGAUUCACUUCGCUCGGGAGCUCCAGAGCUCCCGAGCGGAGUGAACCCGGGGGAUGGGGGGGCGGGGACGGCCGCAGGACCCCCGUCCUUGGCGCGCGGAGCGCACCCGGUGCGACGCCGGAGGCUCCGCCAGAACGCUCAGGCAGCGGUUCAAGAGAUCCGCGCGGACCUCUGGAAGGUUACAGUGGCGGCCCACGAGAACGCACCCUGCUUGCCUCCAGGGUCCCCUGGGUUUCCUGGGCUUCCAUGGUUUCGUGAUGGCCAGCGCGACGUGCCCACGCCAAGAAUCACUGGGCAUCCUGGGGCCUCAGGGUUGGGUUUCUCGUGGAAGUUUUCUUGUGGACUGGCCCCCACUGCAUGCUAUUGUUAGGGGAACGACGCAUGAUAUAAACGUAUAAACUCGGAGUCGGCGCGGAUUUCUCUGAUCGGCGCUGGUUCCCCCCUCCCAGGCGCGCGGAGCGCGCUGGGGGUGGCGCCGGAGGCGCCGUAAGUAGGUUCCAGCGCGUAGCCGAGCAAUCCGCGCGGACCUCCGAGUUGCUAUGUUAAUGUCAUUGUUAAGUCGGGCGCUUCUGAGACUGUGAAUUUCUUAACCCAUGAUUUCUUAAGCAUUUCGCAGGGUGUAGCUCUCCUCUGCUCCUCGGCCGUCUGCACGGGGGGCACGCGGCUCUCGCGGGACUGGCACCCCGCGGCCGCCCUCGCCGCCCUCGGCCUGGCCACGGCGUGGCUCUCGGUGAUCGAGGGGGGGCAGGCCUCGAUUGUCGGGCUCGCUCCCGUCCGGGCGGACCUGUACAAGGACAUCGCCUCCAAACCCCAUCGCCCACCAGAUCACGGCGCUCGCCCACCGCGAGAACAACCUCAGUUGUUACCUCGUCGGGCGGCAGUUCCUGGUCGUGUUGGUGGUUUUUGUGACGAGCGUGUCGGGUGCCCCGCUUGAUGAUGUGACUGCUCUUGGCUUGCCUGGCCUCUUACGGGCUGUUUUCGUGUCGUCUGGCAUGGCGAUGACUUUGAUGCUUACCAUGAUCGGCCAGCUGGCCUCUCAGGUCAAUGCUUCGCAUUGCAUGCUUGAUUUUGUUAGCACUUACGCCAACUGGUUCACGGUCUAUGUAGCAUUGGCCAUCGAGUUCUCGGGCAUCCUCCAUUCCGCCUACCUUGUGCAGUGGAUAGUUGAGAAAAUGGCAGGCCGGCAAGAGCGAAUUUCGAGUAAACGAGGCACUGCCCUAAGACGGUUCAUCUUCGUUGGCCGAAUCAUCAUGUCGGUGUGCAUUUUGGGGCUUGCCUUCGCGGUAACUGGUGCUGCGCUCUUCCAGAGGAAGACUACAAUGUGGCAGGGCGUACCAGAGGUUGUCUCCGUGCUCAUGUUUUUCUUCCUUAUGGCGAUCGUCGGCAUGCUGGAGGGUGCACAGAUUGCUUUCUUCGCAGUUGCCAAGCUUCCGAAGUCAGAUUGGGGGCCCAACCUUACAGUUGUCAAGACGUGUGAGCUAAUUUUCUCUGACGGUGGGCGUAACCUCCCCGCUUUCGUGAUCGGCCGUCAGAUCAUCGUAACGAUGUGCUUCUUGAUCAGCGCUCGCAUCACCACCAUAAAUGUCGACCCCAAAGGCGGCGACGAAACAGUAUUCGGUGUCCCCAAUGCAGUGGAGGUGUUUUUCAAUACUGGGCUGCUUGGUGCCAUCAUUACUACCACUAUUGGAUCUGUAUCAUGGCAGCUGGUGGCCUCCGUGUUCCCCGUGGCGUUUCUGCGCAAUCCGCUGGUGUAUAUUCUCUUACGGAUGUGCUUGUGCCUGGAGUUUACAGGCAUUUGUUCAGGUGCUUGGGUUCUGGCUUCUGUUCACAAGCGUGUUUCCGGUUUCAGGCGUGAUGAGUGCUAUUUGGACCACGCUGAUAAUCAACGAGAAGGUACAACCACAACGUUUGCUAAUGCGGCAGACGUAGAGGUUGAACCCAAUGUUCUGUGGAGCAAAUCCUGGUUCCGGCGUCGCAUCAAGGCUACAAAAGACGUCUCCCUUCUGAGCGACCCUGGGGUUUUCCACGCUGAUUCUGGCAGCCGGCCGUCGUCGUCGCCACAGGCAGUGUCUAGUGGACCAUGCUCAACCACAAUAGGCCGACAGCCAGACCCUUCCCCAGACGCUUGCGCCGGGCCUGCCUGGUCGACAGCCCAGGCGCAGCCUCCGAUGCGACGAGCCGUGUCGGGGGGCCGAGAGCCUCCCGACGGCCUCACCGAUGCCGGCCGCCUCGGCGGGCCCGCUUGCGUGGAGAUCGCGCAGGGCGGGGGUUCGCCAGGUCGUCGGGCCGCUGAGCAGAUCUAGCUCUCUCUCCUGAGCGUCCGUCUGCCCGCGGGUCCGAGUCGGCGGCGCCCGCCCGAGAUGCACACGGGGGCGGGCUCGUCGCAAAAAGGGUUCGUGGGCGGGUGCCCACGAGACCCCGCCCGCAGUGGUCCGCCCAUCCGGUUCCGCCUGCAGAGUUCCCGCCCUGCCAGGUGGUCGCGGGCAUCGGCUGCACUGGCAGCCCAGGGGGGCCUGCCAGUGUCAGAUCCAGCCCGCGCGGAACUGUACAGAGAGGUCGGCGGCGUUUGCAAGCCAGUGCGCGUUGGCGGUGACGCUGGUUGCCCAUCGAGUCUUGCCCAUUCUGUGGCUGUCUCUGGGCCUCAGCGGUUGUGCCAGUCCGUUUCAUUAUCAUGUCUGCUCCCUCCUCCAAGAGAGCCCCUAACAGAGGCAGUGUUUGUUUGCAGACGCUCGCAAUCCGCAGGACCUCUGCGGGUCUAGUACUUCGCAGACCUCCGAACGGCCAGGCCGAGAACUGGGGUCCGUUGAACAUCUAGAGCUCGACGUCUCAGGUCGAGGGCUGCGCACUUGUGCAACAUGUGUCUUUUUUACGCACGUCCAAUGCAUAGAAAUUUCGCGAGCCUCGUGCACGCUUGAAUUUCAACUUAUGGUGCUGCAGUCGCUGUUUCCCUGCACUUGGAGCCUCGGAUGAGGUGCGCCAGAAUUUACGGUGGGCGCAGGCGAGAAAUAGCAUCCCCUGCACAGGCAAGCGGUUUCCUUCGUGUGCGCUGGGGGCCAACGAGGUUAUGCUUCGGAAGCCCCAUACGGUAGGCUUGCGCCUGGUUGGCGCGGCGGCGACUCUAGCGCGGGCAUCCACGAAUGAACGCCGCCAGUGGGCUGGAAUCGGCCAAUGUCGAACGGCAUGCGCUAUCGGAAAGCCAUGUCACAUUUCGAAGCGCAUUCGAUGCAUGUCCCGAGGUCAUACGCACCUUCGAGAUUUACAAGUUCCAGUCCGUAAUUGUUCUUCACAGCAAUGGGGCUGUUGCUUUCUGUUGCGUGUGGUACUUGUCGCUGUUGGUUCAACCAAAUCGCCCUAACAUUUGAUAUCUUGGAAUGUGGACGACACGCAGUAGGCAUAGUGUACCCU